ACCCUCGUUGUUUCCGCUUUGCAUAUUUUUACUUAAGUGAUUGGUCAACGUGUUAUUUGAAUAAAACUCGCCGUUGUCAUGGUUACAACCCAUGUAUUCUUAUGGAGGUCGGCCAUCAUGAAAAUCUCCGGAUAUAAAGCUCGCGACCAAUCAGAGCAAGCUGUCAAACUGUCAAAUUAUUCGACCUAUUAUAUAUUAUGUUAUUGUUUCGCAAUAAAUCGAUUUCUAUUGAUUGUAAAUGAUUUGAGGUGGUUGUGAUCAAUAAGAUUUUUAUUAAAUAACGUCGUCGAAUGUUUCGAAUGCGGGUUUAAUUGGUGUGAAUGGAAGUGCAGCGCUGGCGUCGAUCGAAUUUUAUCGAAUUGUGAUGCAUUGUGAUGUUUGUCGCUAGACAACCCAGAGCGCAUUCACGUGCGGCUCGGCCGGAGCGUGUCGCAGGUUUCGCACGUCGCCGCGACGGGCUGUCGGGCAUUCGGCAAUCCGUUUUAAGCGUUAUUUGAUGAGGUAAUCAGUCAGAUAAUAGCGCGCUGACUGGCGACUCCGCACAGUCUGCACCCGCUUGUUUGGUUAUGUAGCGCGCCCGCUGCCAGCCCUCAGAACGCAGAAGGUGUCGCGCCGUCAGCUGAGCAGCGAGAGCGUCGUCUGUGUCGCUCUUCUUCCUGCUCCUUGUUCGUUGUGCUGCCCCACCGAUUGGGGGUGGUCGUCGCGGUCGGUCGCCUUUGUGUGCAUGUGCGCCGCGCGCACGGCAUUCGUCCAUGUUGAAUUUUUGAUUGUGUUUCCACCAGCGACCAGCCGCACUUGCGUUUUUCAAUGCGAGCGUCCGCUACGUGGGUUACGAGCGCGUAGACAUGCUUUGUCUGCGCGCCACCGAUCGUGUACAAUGACUAUUUGUGAAUUGCGGGCAUGACGCAGGAGGUCGACUGCAUGCUCAUUGAGAUGGAGAUGGCCCCAGCUGAUGAGGAGCCUGAUCCACCAUUGCUUACUGACAGUGGCACUGAAAGCUUCAAUGACAGCCCUACUGCUGAUGACUCCUCUACCAGUGCAACUUCCACUGGCCAUUGGGAACUCAACUCCCAACAACAAAUACACAUCAGUGUGAAAAACAUCUUGGACAAGUCAAUAUCUAUUGAUGAAGAGAUCCUCAUACAUCCUCUGGUGCCAGAGGUCAUCAGUUUGCACAGUCUGAGUAUGGGUGCACCCAAUGGCAAGCAGCACCCGCCUCCUUUGAUAUCAAUAUUGAGAAGGACUUCAUUCUAUGACACAUUAGGCAUGGAUGAAUUAAUGCAGAACAGGCAUUUGCGGCGUGUGUCCUUUCCAGAAAACGCGCACGUUCUGGCUACUUACAGAGAGUCUGAUCUGCAGUCUCCUACUUUGCCUGAUCAACCUUGGGAUGCUGAACAACUUCUGCAAGAGUAUCAGGCUUCUUGCACUAGGCACAAAACUAUUCAACUUGAUGCCAUCAAAAAUCAACUUGCUACAUUCAAAAAUAAUAUUAACUCUUCUGAGACGUUGAGUUUGGCGACGAUCACAGUCACAAUGGAAGUGUGUGAGACUUUGGAAGACAUCUUCAAAGUAGCAAAUUUCCACAAGCUUAUCAUCAAAGAUUGCACGUUUACAAAUCACAGCGUACGCGAGUUUAUAGAUCUUUUGGAUUAUUACAACUGUACGACCGAAAUUGUGACCACCGAUUACUACACGCAGGAAAAUGAGAUAUGGGCGGCGUUCUCUUCGAUGCUUUCGAAGUGUAAUCACUUAGAGGCACUCACUUUUGAGACGUUUACAUUCUCCGACAGCCAUUUUCGCACGCUUUUGAACAAUUUAAGAAACCAUCACGAUAUUAGAGUGCUCAAGUUUCAAGGGUGCAUGCUAGGUCAUCAUGCCAUCACGCAAUUAGUAAAUGCUUUGGAGACAAACAUGGUGCUGCAGGAGUUAUACCUGCCUCAAACAGGUUUGUACACCAAGGAGACUGAGGUAUUGUCUCGUCUCUUGACGAAGAAUCAUAACAUCAGAGUAUUGGACAUUAGCAAUAAUCCGAUCGGUGAUCGUGGUUUGGAAGCGCUAGCGCGUGGUCUUUGCACGCAUACUGACGCCAAUAAUGGGCUGUCGGUGCUUGUCAUCUACAACACGCAGAUCUCGGAAAAGAGUGGUCAAGCUUUAUCUAAUAUUAUCUCCGGUUGUAAAAGCCUACAUACUCUGAACGUCGGUUGUAAUAACCUGACGGAUGAGGUGAUAAGCAAACUCAUCGAAAGUCUUGCCGUCACCGCGACCGUUGAAGGGCUGGGUUUGCAAACUACGUUGUUGACGGAUCGGGGAGCAUCACAACUCGCUGAUGCAGUGAGAAACAAUCGCUCGCUGCAGAAAAUCAACAUCAAGGGCAACAAAGGCAUUCAGAGUCAAGGGCUUGAGAGUUUGUGCAAGGCUUUGACUAAUUCGAAGAUUAUCAAAGUAGAAAUUGAUGAAACAAACCGCAAUUGCGACAAUCCUGAAGAAUAUUCGGCGAUGGUUGCACAGAUCAAUGCAAUCUGUACAGUGAACAAAUCCCGGCUGGAAACGACAAAUGGCGACGAAGAGGAGAUGAACAAUUUGUCAAUGUACUUCCUUCGUAAGAUUUCGCUUAAUUGCGAGCCAACUUAUCAUCUGCCAGCGGUGGAACUCCCUGAGCACAAAGCAAAGUCCUCGCGAAAAAAGUCGCCUGCUUUGUCGCCGAUGCAAUCGCCCGGCUGCAGUCCUACGCCGCAUAGUCGUUUUUCGGUUUCUCGAGUGCCGGAUCCUCUUACACGCAGUCGUUUUACGGUAAUGCCAGUUAAACUACCGCGAGAUUUCGGUUCUGGCGAUACGCUUGCAAACUCGCCACCGCCUGACGACGACCUCUGUGUGCAUAAUCAAUUUAGCAAUAUCCGCAGCAGUGUUUCGUCCAUCGAAAGUGUCGAUUCGAUCUCAACUAAGGACAGCGUUUACGAUUCUACCACGCCCAGUGGCGAAAGCGAUUAAUUUUGGGACAUUGCGUGCGUUUUCUUUUUCUGUUACUUAACGUGUUUUCGUAUGUUAUCAUUUUAUUUGUUCUGUGAUACAGAUUUGUUUUAGGCGCGGGCGCAUCGGGCUUGCGAAUUCCUUUUCUUUGCGAGCUUUCUGCUAAACGUCCGGUUCCAAAGAUGUUUUACGGGUGCUCACAGAAAGCUAAGCGAAGUUUGUGGCGAGUUGAUUCGAAAUGUGCGGUUAAUAUUCAUUUUCAACAUUGAAUCGGGCCUAAUUUAUAAAAUUUUAAGCUACUGCCACAAUGAUUACCCACAUUCAAACAUAGAUUUUGUUUUGCACCUUGUUAAUUACAUAUCAAAGUACAUAUUUCAAAACGAAACGAAUUGCUUGGAGCAAACGGCAGACGAAGGGAAGAAAGGAAUCACUUGUAUAUCAAUCGGUGUGUAUAUUGUUUUUAUCUGUGAUUAUCUGUGAGAAUUGAAUGCAAUCAAAUUGCAUUCACGUCCGGCGUGAGGAUGCGAUCGGGAAGGGAUAUAUUUUUUUAUGAUUUCAAGCGCGUUCAGGGCGUUGUUUUAUCCGCACGAGAUGAAUCAAGUUUCGAAUUGUACCUUACGUGUAAACGAGUAUCAGGGAUUUGCAAAAAGUUUAUUUUAUAUUAUCGUCGUCCACGUAUUGGCACGUGGAAAAUCGCCACCUUCAUUAAUUUUAUUGCAUUAUACUUUACACAGUUUUGUUAUGUUGUAUACGUAUCGUUAGGAAGACCGAACAAAGGUGCUGAAUGUACAUGAAACUAAUCCACAAGUUACAAAACUGUAUCACAUUGAUACACCGGCAGCAGCACUUUGCUUUAAAUUGUACAUAGAAAUUACCUAGAGACGGUGUCUAAAGCAUAACAUCAAUAUCCACAUGACUUAGGCGUUAAUCUUGAUUAGAAACUAGGGUUUAAGGCUAGAAUAUGAACACUUUGGGCACACGCGUGCAACAACAAACAUUGAAUUGUGAAGUUAUAUUUUUAUAUUGAUGUUAAUUCAUAAAUACUAUAUUUGAGUUGAUCAGUUGCGACAACAUGGUUUUGUAAAUAUCAAUAUUCUAAAUGUAUCUAACUAGACACGGUGGGAAAUAAUCGCCGAGCGUCGGCAAAGCGGUCGCUUGUUUAGAUAUAUAUUUGUGCAUAAUUUACAAAAUAAGGUGCAUUUUUAUACUUUUAUAUAUUGUAUAUCGAUAACAAUGAUGUUACAGACAAAUUGUGAGUUUUAUAUUGAUGUAAUGAAAUUGAUAAGAAUUCGACGCUUUGCCGACGCCCUGGUGGUUUUUGCACAUUGUUCUUCGCCGGCAACUUAAAUAUAAGCGCAUUAUAAACAAAUAGGUAGUUAUCGAGAAAAUCGAGCAUUCUUAAGCGAACCGGAGCGCAGAUGUUAACAUCGUUACGUUACUUUUAACCGAUUAUGAUUAUAUAUCUAUUACAGCGUAGGAUGGACAGAGUAAAGGGACGCGUUCGCUUUUAAAAGACGACGAGCGCCGCAAAUGAUUACCAUUUAACUGUUUUGUACAGAUUUGUAAUAUAUAUUCUUACAUGCACUAAUAUAACAUUAGCAUUUUGUUAAAAUUGUCUAAAUACUAAAGAUAUAUAAGAUAUACAUAUAUUAUAUUAAUACUCUAUAGUUCAAAAUAUUUAAUAUAUUUUAUUAUUACGUGUAUGUGAUACAAUGCAUGUGAUAUGUAAUUGUAAAUAAUCUCGUAGUAUUACAAAAACAACAAUAAAUUAAGAGAUACAAAGAGGAAAGCAAAUUAAUAGCUUAAAAAGUAGUGUAGUAUCGUAGUAAAAUAGAGUACAAACAAUAUUUAAGUGGUGCCAGUUUCAUUUUAUCUAAUAAACGUGAAAUUGGGAAAAUAUUCACUAACAAUA